AUGACACUGCCACCACUCGCCUGGCUCGUUGGGUCGACGGUCCAGGGGCCUGAUGACGUAGAGUGCGUACCGCCAUAUGAGCGUCGUCCAGACCAGGCCCCGCCUGCAGCGACCAGGCGCUCCAACGCCAUCCUGACGGCGCGUGAUUUCACACUUUGCUACUGCAUGCGUCCAAAGUGCCAGCCCACCAACCUGCCUUGCGGCACCGUUUCAGAGGGCUGGCUAAUGGCAAGCGAUGUGUAUUGCCAUCCUGGCCUCGGGCAGUCAAAGUGGCUGCACAACACGCGAUCACGACGCGUCCUAGAUGGCGAACUGCCAAUCCCCCGUGACGUCUCCCCAGCACCGCCGUCGAUGUUCAGGGAAAGAGACAAUGCGACAACGCUGCAGGGGGCGGUCGUGUCACCAAAGUAA